AUGUGGAAUGCUAUCAUAGCGCGGAAGGGGGCUGGGAACAAGAUUGCUGAUUCCAUCGUGAGUAUUAAGUUGAGGUGCUUUGUGAAAGGCAGCCGGCGGGUAUGGGACCCCAGGAGCGGGGGUGUCCCGGUGGCCCCCGCGAUUCUAGAAAUGUGGAGCCCCGUGGUGAUCCGCGGAGCCGUCAGCGCUGGUCCGAAACAAGGGCCGAGGCAUUGGUUUGCGGACAGCGUUGGUCAAGAACAGAUACGAUAUCAGUCUGGACACCCCAUAAGCUGUACUAGUGAAGAAGGAUUGCUUAUCAUCCUCGCGAAGAGUCAGCCGUUGCAUUCACGCUGGUUCGGCUGGUUUAAGCAGCUGUUGGCCUGCUGGGAUUCCGACUGCCCAAGCCAUGGAACCUCCAAGGGGGACGUAGGGGACCUUGAAGGCCAAGGUCGGGCCCCGCGUGUGCAUGCGGCACAGCGGUUGGAUGUUCACACUGCAACUGCAACUGCGACGAAAGGCAGAGGCAAGUGCCAAUAUCAGUCACUAGGAAGGCACCUUGAUGGGCCCCUCUCCUUGGCUGCUUCUCGGAACGCGGGCACUUGCCGUACCUUACACGAUGCCAUAAGACCAGCUGAUGACCCUCUUUCCGCCUGUUUUCUCUUUUAUUCCGACUCUGUUACUCUUCUGCAUCUUCAUUUAUCGUUUCUGUGCUGUGUUCAAACCUCCAGACACCAGUUCCAUUCAUCCGAGAAGCGUCCCCGUCCAACCCACCCGAGUUCCGACCCCAGAUUUUGA